ACGCCGUUUCAGCUGAGCUUGAAAAACGACGCGUUCAGCUUCGGCGUUUUGGUGCUGGAGAUCGUCAGUGGCAGAAAUGUAAUUGACCUAGGUAGGGACCCGGCGGGGAUAGUGGAGUGGGCACUCCCGCUAAUCAGAGAGCGACGCGUGGCGGAUGUCUGCGACGCGAGAGUUCCUUUGCCUCCUGAUGAUGACGUGGCGGGGGCAGUUAGGCACCUGCUCUGUGUCGCGGCGAGUUGCGUGUCGUUGGACGAGGAGUGUCGUCCGUCGAUGUCUGAUGUCGUUUUGGGGUUGGAGGGUUGUUUUCUGGAGAGGGUUCGGUUCCCCAUUUGGAGAGCUGUCGUUUUGGUGAUUGCGAAACGGCGUCGUAAGCUGGCCAAAAGGUGGCGAGAGAGGCGCGCCGCUUUGCAAAGUGGUGAUAGUGAAUGUGGUCCCCGAGGGAAGUUGUCGUUGAGAGAAAUUUUGGCUGCCACAUAGGUUUUGAGCACGUUUGAUGAUGAGUGAGUUAGAUUAGGCAACUCGGGCGAGAUAAAUACUGGAUUAU